CCACUUUAAAACUUUUUGGUUUCAUUAUUUUAGUUAAUCUGACCGUUCGCCAAAACAUGCGCAGAUAGCUGCAACAAUCACCACAGAAACAGGAUAAGCGCAUCACGUAUGGCGAUUACAAUGCAAGUAUUGAAGCUGUUGAUACAAUGCAAGUGUGUGAGAUCAAUGGGCUUCCCCUCUGGUCAGUUCUCGCGCGUGGAUAACUUUUCAACCGGCUGUCAAUGGAGAGCACGCAAGAAGGUCAGUCAGUACAGCACAGUGGACACUGACCGGUACUCAUCUCUGGUGCGAGAGGUACUGUCAUCAAAAACCAGCUCCCAGACUCCUGAAAGCAUCGAGAAUGAGGACUGUCAGCUCUACGGACCUGUAAUAAGAUCCAGACCGCCUUCACAACAGCCCAAAUUACCUAAAAACCUGCAUCCACUGUUAAAUGAGGCCAAAGGUCAGUCGGAGUAUGUGCCGGGACCUUUAGCUCGUAUAACAUUACAGAGGGACUCUAAUAAUGCAUCUAUACCCAGCGUGACCCGUAUCCUCCAGAAGACCAUGCCACCCGACCAAGCAUUUUACCUAGAAAGAUGGAAGAGAAGAAUGAUCGCUGAACUCGGAGAGGAAGGGUUUCGAGAAUACAGCUUAAACCUUUUUAGACAAGGAAAGCUGUUCCAUGCUGCCAUUGAGGACACUUUCACCCAGGAAAUCCCUUUUAAGGAGGAACAUGAGUGUCCAGCAGAGGUGUCUGGAUAUAUAGAGAGUGUAUCUAAUGUGCUGAAUGAUAUAACAGGAGUAAGAGCUAUUGAGAGUGCUGUGAAUCAUUCUGCGUUACACUAUCUUGGCAUUGUAGAUUGUGUUGCCCAAUACAGAGGUUCAUUGUGUGUCAUUGACUGGAAGACCUCAGAGAAGCCUAAGCCCUCCCUUCGCCAUACUUAUGACAAUCCAUUACAAGUAGCUGCAUACAUUGGAGCUUUGAACAGUGACCACAACUACAACUACCAGGUAGAAAAUGGUUUAAUUGUGGUGGCCUAUAAAGAUGGAUCACCCGCACAUACUCACUUCCUGAAUUCGGAGAAGAUUAUGCCAUUCUGGGAGAAAUGGCUACUUCGACUAGAAGAAUAUGCAGAGAAAUAAAACACCUUUAACUAGUUUAACAAUUCUAGCUGAUUCUACACAAAGCGUAAUUCAACUGUAUGUUUCACAUUUGAUGAAAAUAAUAAAUGGUUGUGUUUUACACAUUUUA